AUGUCCAAAACUGCUGCCCAAGAGGAAUUCGACGACUUCAUCGCCAAAAACUCCACCGGCCCUGACGAUAACAUCCACCCUGAGGACAGAGAGGAAGUUGCCCGCGAGCGAGAUCUCCACGCGAGAGACAACAGUGACGACGAGGAAGAAGAAUACCGCGCCGCAAAGGUCGACGCCGCCAUGCGCAUGUCCACUUAUGAUACCCGCUCCACGGCGGAGCUGAUGCUGCCGCCCGCGAGCUUCGACUCGGGCCGGGCCACCGGCGUCAAGGGCGUCAUUGCCGACGCGAGGAAUUAUGAGAACGCCAGGAGGUCCAAGUGGAGCGAGAAGAUGAGGAACGCGAGGAGGAGUGUCAUCGAGUUCGCCUCAGUGAAAUCAAGUUCGGACAAGAGCGAUUCAGAGCAGAGCGGAGCCGAGGACGAGGAGUCGUUCCUGAAGCAAUGGCGGGAGUCAAGGCGGCGAGAGCUCGAGUCCCAGGACAGAUCUACCAUCCGGAACAGGAGAACGAGCCCCAGCUCGCGCAUCUACGGGCGCUUCGAGGAGGUCGACGCCAUGGGAUACCUAGACGCCAUUGAGAAGGUGUCAAGGGAAACGACUGUAGUCGUCUUCGUUUACGACCACGAGUCGGAUGUGUCUUCUAUGAUAGAGUCUGCCAUGAUGCCUCUGGUGCGCACAAAUCAGGCAAUUCGCUUCGUCAAAGUACAUUACGAGGAGAUCGAGUUCGACCAGGCUGGAGUCCCAGCAGUACUGGCGUAUCGAAACCAAGGAGACCUAUUUGCCAACCUGACUGCCCUCAUCGACAUGAUCCCCGACGACGAGGAUUUCGACAGCGACGCGCUCAAAAAAUUAUUCCAAGAACAUCGCAUUAUCUGA